AUGCCCUACGUUGAUGUUGAUCUGAAUGACCACCCGGACAACACGGCGGGGGUCAGCAUCCUCCCCGUGGUUGUGACCCCCACAAUCUGCAAUCUAGGGGUGGAAAGAGAACUCGUUGAUGGGGGAGCAGGUCUGAACCUCCUCUCCCCGAAGGUGUUCCACAAGAUGCAGAUCGGGGAACGCAAGCUGCUUCCAUCGAUGCCUUUCUAUGGUGUCACUGUUUGGAAGAUGAUUCCCCUGGGUCAGGUUGAGUUGCCCGGCACGUUCGGAGAACGGGUCAACUUUCGCACGGAGAACGUUGUCUUCAGCAUGGCGUACUUCGACCUCCCCUACAACGCCAUCCUCGGACACUCGACGCUCGCCAAGUUCAUGGCAGCCGUGCACUAUGCAUACAUCACCCUGAAGAUCUUGGGGCCUUCCCGGGUCAUCUCCGUCAAGGCGGAUGUCAAAUGGUUGGGGCAUUGCGCCGAGAGGCUCUACGAGGCCAUGGAGGCCAUCUCCCCGGACGACGGUGAACGCCUAGAGCCGUCGGCACCCCCCCCCCCCCCCCCGGCUAGGCAGCGGAUCAUCCCCGAUGAUGCGACCCUCACUAAGGCAAUCCGCCUCAGGGACGAUCCUGAGAAGACGGUGAUGAUUGGAGCACAACUGAGCGAAAAAUAG